AAAAUAAAUAAAAAUAAAAUAAAUGAAUAAAUAAACAAAGAAAUAAAGAAAGAAAACUUUAAAAAAGCCAACAUAACUGGGCACGAUGAGACACUUGAGUAUUUCCAUUUCAUGCUUCUACUUUAAUCUAAAAAACUUCUUCCACUGCUUAAUUAAUAUUAAAAUAGUGUCGAUCCUCUCUGGCUUGUAUGUUUUAAACAGGGUUUUAAAUACAUCCAGGCACUCCCAGGAGGCGUCACAAGGUCCAGACUUCCCUCAGUGGGCAGGCAUGCAGGGAGGGACCUCACCUCCCCUUUCUCUCUCUUCUCUUCUCCUCUCAACUCCUUCCCAACUCUCUCUCCAGUCCUCUCUGCUCUGUCCUGUUCUUCUCCUCUUUCCUCUCCUGCACGGUGGCUUCAUGCUCAGCUCUCGCCCUCCUCGGUCGCCAUGCAGAACAACCACAACAAGGAGCACCUCUAUAAGAUCCUUGUGAUAGGUGACCUCGGGGUCGGUAAGACGAGCAUCAUCAAGAGGUACGUCCAUCACAACUUCAGCCCCAACUACCGAGCCACCAUCGGGGUGGACUUCGCCCUCAAAGUCCUCAACUGGGACCAGGAGACGGUGCGUCUGCAGCUGUGGGACAUCGCAGGUCAGGAGAGGUUUGGCAACAUGACCCGCGUGUACUACCGCGAGGCCAUGGGCGCCUUCAUCGUGUUUGACGUCACGAGGCCCGCCUCCUUUGAGGCCAUCACCAAAUGGAAAGAGGACUUGGAUUCCAAACUGACUCUUGCCAAUGGAAAAAAUGUAGCCACGGUGCUUUUGGCUAACAAAUGUGACCAGGGCCGGGACGUACUGACCAAUAACGGAAUAAAGAUGGAGCAGUUCUGCCAGGAGAACGGCUUUGUGGGAUGGUUCGAGACGUCCGCUAAGGAAAACAUCAACAUCGAUGAAGCGGCUAACUGCCUGGUGAAACACAUCAUCGCCAGUGAGAAUGACAUGCUCCAAUCAGAAGUCCCCGACACCAUCACCCCCCAGUUAGAGAAGGACAAGGGCGGGACAUGCUCCUCCUGCUUCAGAGCCCAGUAACAGCCCCCCGACAGUUGGAUGUCCUUUUGUAUCUCAUUAUUACACACAAAGUCGAGUUUGUCUGUGAGCAGGAGACGGAGGGAGAACUACUUUGGCUGUUUUUUUUAGGAAGCAUUUAUGGGUGCCAACUCCUUUCCUGUCUGGUAGCUGGGGUGGGGAUGGGUGAGUGGGUGGGUGGGGAUGGGUGGGUGGAUGACAGACAGGCAGCUGGCUCAAGAAAUGGAGACAGAAAGAGAGAAAUAGAAAUGGAUCCAGCUGUGUGCGCUUGUCAGAGGCAAGGUCACCCUCUGGGUGACUUCAAGUCUCGACACUGCCACUUCGGUUACCAUGGAGACACACAUUCUGUUAAUGAACACAUAUACAGGAAGAUUGCAGCAAACAUAUCCGUAUAAAGGUCCGUGGAUCUAUUUGUUGUCUCUCUUUCUCCCUCCUUCUCUUGCCCACUGAGUUUUUCUCUGCUUGUUUCUGUCUCCUCAUCCGUCCCUGACAGCAUUCUUUUUGUUUUUCACACAUCAUGCUGGUCUAAUAAGCAGGCAAAAAGCUAAUUUAUAUAUUGUUUUCCUCCAGAUAUCCAAAGCAAUUCAAAGUCAGUCCUGAUAACACUAUACAGCUGCAGUACAUUAUCCGCUAUGGUUUCCUUGGAUCAGGUUUCAUUUUAUUUUACUUUUAUGGCACUGUUCUUGUCUUACCUCUUGCACAUCUGCCGGCUCCAAUAAUGUAUAACAGAUUAUAUUGAUGUAAUUAAAGUGUUUUUUUCUAAUACAAACCAUUAUAUUUAAUGUCUUCAAUAGAUAUACAUGUAUUCACGACAUAUUUUAUUUAUAUGUGCACUUAAAGGUAUGUAGGAUGACCUUACUUUUUGUCACAGGUAGAAUUCCACUCGUUUCCAUGGCAAUGCAUUCAAAAUACUAUGACAUAAAGCCUUUUAUUUCCAUUUUAAUUCAAUGGUUUUAUAUUAAAUUUAUAUUCACACUGUUCAAUAUUUGUAAUAUUUGUAAUUAUGGGAUAAAUGCAUCUAUAUAUAUAUAUAUACAAACAUGUACAUAUUAUAUAAUGAGUAUCCUGUUUUCAACAUGUUCAUAUGAAUAAACCAUAGCUUUACUGAC